AUGGAUAUCUUUGACCUCAAUUCUGACCCUCCGAGCGUAAGCCCUGACCCCCAGGCCCCACCGAGUCCUACUCCACCGAGCCCGAGUCUACCCCUAGUUACCAUGCCUCCACCCCCGGAGGGCAUCGAAUACCGCACACCACAGCUUGGGAUAGAGCACAUGAACCAAUUUGCAGAGCAAUAUGGGUAUUCUGUCUCCACUGAACGAUCUAAGCAUAAUACAGUGUACGUGUGCUGUACACGUGGGCGAAAGCCUCGGGAUAGGCACAAAGACAAGGAGCGCAAGCGAGUCUCGACGUCAAUUGCUAUGGCUUGCCCAUUCUCCGUGAUCCUUAAGCUUAAGGCUAAUCACGAUGCCUGGGUCUUGGAACACAGGGUCAUUUCCCAUAAUCAUGAGCCUAUAGCGACAUCAACCCACGCCAUACACCGAAAGCGUGAGCUUACCGCGAAGCUUGACUCGAUUAACGCAUGGAUCAAGCGAGGCCUCGAUACUCGAUUCAUUCUUACGUCUCUUCGUGAAGAAGACCCCUACUCGUGUAUUAUCGCCUAG